ACAUCCAAGACGGCACAGUCCGCCGGUCACCGUCGUCGCGAGCGCACCACGUCACAUUCGCUGUCCGCCGCCAUUCCAAGCACGCGCGACCGCAAACAGCACACCCAGCGACCAUCGUCUCUCGUAUCGCGUUGGUCAUAUCGUAUCGGGUCGGGCAGCGCACCGGAACACCGGACGACGAUGUGCGUGAAUGUAACGUAGCACCGGAAUCCUAGUCGAAAGCGCAACACGAGCAGGACCUUUGUCGAGGUGCUCAGAAUUCCAUCGUCGUCUUACGCGCGUACACACACACACACACGUCUAUCGGCGACUAUGACCGAUUGACCGGACCAGCAACCCGAAGAUUGUGCGACCAGGAUCCCACGUCACGACGAGGAUAACUGAACAUCCGAAUCCGUUGAACGCAACACGCGACGCGCGCGCAGGUAUACAAUAUGGCAGCUUUUCAAUGGAUAACAGCCUUAACGGUGUUUCAACUGCUGACAAGUUGUUUUUGUCUGGAAAAUGGAUUGGCCAGGACACCUCCUAUGGGAUGGUUGUCAUGGGAGAGAUUCAGAUGCAAUACCGAUUGCAAAAACGACCCUGAUAACUGUAUUAGCGAGAAACUCUUCAGGACCAUGACCGACCUUGUGAUAUCUGAAGGGUACGCCGCUGUAGGUUAUGAGUAUAUAAACGUGGAUGACUGUUGGUUGGACUUCUCAAGGUCGUACAAUGGCAGACUGCAACCCGACGCCAAACGGUUCCCCAGGGGAAUGGCUGACCUAUCCGAAUACAUCCACUCGAGAGGUCUGAAAUUCGGUAUCUACGAGGACUACGGUAACUUCACAUGUGCUGGAUAUCCGGGAAUCUUGGGAUCGCUCGAGCUGGACGCGUUCACGUUCGCCGAAUGGAACGUGGAUUUCGUCAAAGUGGACGGCUGUUACUCGCUGCCCAAAGACAUGGAUCAAGGAUACAGUGAGUUCGGUUAUUAUCUGAACAAGACCGGCAGGCCCAUGGUGUACUCUUGCAGUUGGCCGGUUUAUCAGACGUACGCAGGACUACAACCCAACUAUUCGGCUAUUACUCAAAGGUGCAACUUGUGGAGAAAUUUUGACGACAUCCAAGACUCCUGGGCCAGUGUGGAGAGCAUAAUCGACUACUACGGCGAUAACCAAGAAAUUAUCGCAGCCAAUGCAGCCCCCGGACAUUGGAACGACCCGGACAUGUUGAUUAUUGGUAACUUUGGAUUAAGUUACGAACAGUGUAAGGUACAGAUGGCCAUAUGGGCUAUACUUGCCGCCCCGCUGCUCAUGUCGACCGAUUUGAGGACCAUUAGACCCGAAUACAAGGCUAUUUUACAGAACAAAAAAAUCAUUGCCAUCGAUCAAGACAAGUUGGGAAUCCAAGGUCGAAGGAUUUACAAGCACAAAGGCAUUGAAAUUUGGGCCCGGCCGGUGACACCUAUUUUCGAGAACUACUUCUCGUACGCACUCGCCUUCGUCAACCGCAGAACAGACGGCACGCCAUCUGACGUGGCUGUCGCUUUACACGAAAUGGGUCUGCUGUCACCCACAGGAUACAGAAUACAAGAUCUGUACGAAGACGUCGACUAUGGAGUACUGUCCCCACAAACAAAAAUCAAGGUCAAAGUGAAUCCCACCGGCGUUGUGAUAUUGAAAGCGGAGGUCCAACAAAAUUUGAUCAAACAAAACUUUUACAAACCAUACAACCCGUUCACGCAAGUCUACCCGUUGAGAACAGUGAACGAUUUCGUGAAAAAAUGAAACUACCAAACUGCAACUAUUUUUCAUCAUCGAGACGCGAUCGCGCGCCGACUCAUCAAGCAACAAUAUCAAAAAAGGAUCGUCGGACAAAAAAAAAUUAAAUAGUAAAAUAAAAAAAAUUAAAAAAAAAUUAAAAAAAAAUUAAAAAAAAUUAAAAAAAACAAUUAACAAGUAAGGUAAAAAGAGUGGAAUACACUAAUACAACAUCAUAUAUUGUUUUAAA